CCCCGCAUGCGCGGGCAACCGCUGAGACGCUGUCGAGACUCCUCCGUGCCGCCUUUCCUUCCGCUCUGGUUUUGAAGAAGCUUCUGGGCUCGCCAUGGGGAAGGUGAAUGUGGCCAGGUUGCGUUACAUGAGCCGGGAUGACUUCAGGGUCCUGACCGCGGUUGAAAUGGGCAUGAAGAACCAUGAAAUAGUUCCCUGCAGUUUGAUUGCUUCUAUAGCCAGCCUUAAACAUGGUGGCUGUAAUAAAGUUUUAAGAGAAUUAGCGAAACAUAAACUCAUAGCUUGGGAACAUACUAAAACUGUCCAGGGCUAUCGGUUGACAAAUGCAGGAUAUGAUUACCUAGCUUUGAAAACACUUUCUUCUAGACAAGUAGUUGAAUCUGUUGGAAACCAGAUGGGUGUUGGCAAAGAAUCUGAUAUUUACAUUGUUGCAGAUGAAGAAGGGCAGCAGUUUGCAUUAAAACUUCACAGACUGGGAAGAACCUCCUUUAGAAACUUGAAAAACAAGCGUGAUUACCAUAAACACAGGCAUAACAUGUCUUGGCUUUAUUUAUCUCGUCUCUCUGCCAUGAAAGAAUUUGCCUAUAUGAAGGCAUUGUAUGAGAGGAAAUUUCCAGUUCCAAAGCCAAUUGAUUAUAAUCGCCAUGCAGUGGUGAUGGAACUCAUAAAUGGCUAUCCUCUAUAUCAGAUACAGGAUGUUGAAGAUCCUGCAUCAGUAUACAAUGAAGCUAUGGAACUAAUUGUCAAACUUGCAAAUCAUGGACUGAUUCAUGGGGAUUUCAAUGAAUUCAAUCUCAUUCUGGAUGAAGAUGACCAUAUCACCAUGAUUGAUUUUCCACAAAUGGUUUCAACUUCUCAUCCCAAUGCUGAAUGGUAUUUUGACAGAGAUGUUAAAUGCAUUCGAGAUUUCUUCAUGAAACGUUUCAGUUAUGAAAGUGAGCUUUAUCCAACCUUUAAAGAUACUAGGAGAGAGGACUCUGUUGAUAUAGAGGUUUCUGCCAGUGGCUACACAAAAGAAAUGCAAGCAGAUGAUGAACUGCUUCAUCCAGUAUGUCCAGGUGAUGAAAAUACUAAAAUAACAGAGGAGGGAUCUGAAUUCUCAUUUUCUAGUGAAGAGGUGCCAGAAAAAGCAAAGAUUUCUAGAUCAGAAAAUCAGAGUGAACAAAACUCUGCAAAUGAAUCAGUUGACUGCUGUUGCAGAUCAUCUGGAGACCACGAACAAAUACAGAAAGACGGUGUGUCAGAGGAGAAUACUGAUGCACACAGUUUUGAAGUGACUGAAUUCAGUCAAUGUUUAGAACUAAAAGGACAGGUUGUUGAAAACAGUUCUGAAACUGAGUUUUCUGGGAAGAAAAACAAAACUGAAAGUGACAUCAGUCAAGAUGAUAAGACAGGUCUAGGAGGAAUCACCACGGGCUUUGCAGAGCAUGAAGAUGAAUGCCCUCAUCUGAUUGCUCUGUCAUCAUUAAAGAAAGAAUGCAGACCUUCCAGAAAUGAAGAAAAUGUGGAAGAUGUUAAUCAAUACAGAACAAGAACUUUGAGUGUUACUUCUGCAGGCAGUGUUUUAAGCUGUUCAACAAUUCCUCCAGAAUUGGUGAAACAGAAGGUGAAACGUCAGUUAACAAAACUACAGAAGUCAGUUGUCAGACGUCGAUUGCAGAAAGGAGAAGCUAAUGUAUUUACCAAGCAACGGAGAGAAAACAUGCAAAAUAUUAAAUCAAGCUUAGAAGCAGCUAGCUUUUGGGAAGAGUAAUAUAUUUAAUAUCUUGAAUAUUUUUCAAUAAUUACUAUGAUUGCUUUUUAAGCACCUUUAAUCGUUUUGGGUCAAGGCAAAUAUAUAAAUACAUAAAUAAAGUCAUCUGUAAGUUUGACUUACUCAGUACAUGUCUUCUGUAGAAUAAUUAUAGUAAUUCUGCUAAAGCAAUCCAAUUUUCCAAGUAAUAUAUUAGAUGACUAAUAAAUAUGCUAAAAUCUAUUUUUCAGAAUAAUUUUUAUUAGGAGUUUUUGGGUAUUGGUUUUAAUCUAAAUAUCACUGACUUUGUUGUUUUCUACUCUCUACCAGAAACAGGCUGCUUGAUUUCAAAUCUCAGCUUUUCCACUUAUUAAUUAGUGAAAACAGCCUUAAGCAAGUCAUAUUUGUCUCUCCCUCUUUCUCUCCUUCUCUACCUCAGUUUUCUUACUUUUUAAACUGAAUUUAUAACUACUUUAUAGGGUUUUGAAGAUGAUGUGAGACAAUGCACAGAAAGCACUUAGCAUUUUAUAGGCAUUCAGUGAAGUGUAGCCAUAGAAUAAUUACAAUGUUGUUUAUCUUUCUGAAAUUUUGCUAACAAAUAAAUUUUAUUUAACCACUGGAA